AACAUCUACCUGAUGAUGUCACAUGACGUCUGGAUAGUUUAGAAAAAAUGGUAGCCGAGCAGCGAGGUGCCCCACCUCCCCACCAUAACACUGAUUCCAUACCUCAUCCUUUAAACACUAAUAUUACAUUGGAACCGUAUCCUACUGGUUUCAAAAUACCCCAGCUCGAGACAUAUGAUGGAACAAAGGAUCCAGAUGAUCACCUCCAUGCUUUUUAUUCCUUUGUAACACCCCAUAAUGAUCCUUUGGUCACUUCUGUUAUGAUUAACAACUAUGAGAUACAACGUGUCCUUGUUAACACAGAGAAUGCACCAGACAUUAUGUAUUUUCACUGUUUUGAGAGUUUAGGACUAGAUCCAACUCUGUUACAGAGGUAUGAUGGUCCUAUAUAUGGAUUCAAUAACCAACCUAUUCAGGUAGAAGAAGUCCUUACUCUUAAUGUCACUUUUGGAAGCGACCGGACUUAUGUUACCCCCUCAGUUUGGUUUCUAGUUGUCAAAUUGGCCUCAUCCUUCAAUGCUGUUAUCGGACGACCUACAUUAACCGAGAUCCAAGCUGUGGUUUCUCAAUCUCACCUCUGUAUGAAGUUCCCAACCCCUAUGAGGAUAGCAAAACUACGAGCAAACAUGCCAGGGAUUCCAACCUCGGUAUCUCAGCACAAGCUCAGCACCAAUCCAUUAAAGAAACCAGUAGCCCAGAAGCGAUGCCUCUUUGGGGGAAAGAGGCUUAAGGUUACAAAGGAAGAAGUAGAGAAACUCCUACAAGCUAACUUUGUUAGGAGAGUUGAUUAUUGUGAAUGGGUGGCCAAUCCAAUGUUGAUCAAGAAGGCAAAUGUUGAAGCGGCUUCUGGAAAUGAGAGAUUAAGUCUCUUGGAUGCAUAUUCUGGUUAUCACCAAGUGCCGAUGGCUCCAGAGGAUGAAGAGAAAACCUCGUUCUAUAUCGACAGGAAUCUAAAAGUUUAUGUCGACGACAUUGUGGUGAAGAGUCUGAAAGCGGAAAAUCAUUUAACUGACCUCGAUGAAACAUUCAACAACCUCAGAAAGAACAAAAUGCGGUUGAACCCAACAAAGUGCAUCUUCGGUGUGGAGUCUGGGAAAUUUCUAGUCUUCAUGGUUUCCCGGAGGGUAAUUGAGGUUAACCCAGAAAAGAUCAAAACAAUAGUCGAGAUGGAACCACUGAAGUCGGUGAAAGAUAUACAAAGAUUAACCGAGAGGGUGGCAGCUCUUCAGCGAUUCAUAUCGAAGUCAGCAAAUAAAUGCUUGCCAUUUUUCAAGAUCAUGAGGUCAGGAGUCCAGAAUGAUGAAUUUGGCAAACAAAAGAAGUUUGAAUGGAACCUAGAAUGUCAAGCUGCAUUCGAUGGACUUAAGUCUUAUCUUAGCUCACCCCCUUUGCUGACAAAGGCUAUAGAUGGAGAAAUCCUUUAUUUGUACCUCGGCAUUUCUGAUGAAGCAAUUAGUUCUGUGCUAGUGAGAGAAGAAGGUAAACAACAAAAACCAGUUUAUUAUACCAGCAGCGUGCUACACGGAGCAGAGCUAAGAUACCCUAUUGCUGAGAAAGCAACGUUAGCAGUUGUUACUUCAACCAGAAAUAGCAAGGGCUCAGGAGCUGAUGCUUUCUUAGUUGGCCUAGAUGGAUAUCGAAGUGAGCAUGCUUUGAAAUUUAACUUUGAUGCAACUAAUAACAUGACUAAGUAUGAAGCUCUGCUACUUGGAUUGCAACUAGCAUUGGAGUUGAAAGUCAUGGCCAUACAAGUAUACAGUGACUCACAACUUGUGGUUAAUCAAGUCAACUCAAUCUGCGAGGUUGUUGAUCUUGUCAUGAUGAAGUAUGUAGCCUUGGUGGCCGAGCUGAACUCCUUAAGCUCCAAAACAGUUUUCGUUGAAGUUUUAGAUGAGCUGAGCUUCAUGAAGCCAAAAAUGAUGGAGAUCAGCACAGACCCAAAUAUACCGAGCUGGACAGAUCCAAUUGUCUCUUUUUUACGAGAUGGGUCAGUGCCUGCAGAUAAGCAAGAAGAGAUGAGGUUGAGGAAGAAAGCGUCUUGCUCAAUCAUCUGCAUAUAUGGAAUCCCAAAUCAAAUUGUGGCUGAUAAUGGUACUCAGUUUAACUGCUCUUCAUUCAGAGAUUUCUGCUCUAGUUACGGGAUCAAACUACAGUUUACCUCAGUAUACCAUCCGGAGUCCAAUGGUGAAACACCCUACCACCUGGCCUUUGGUACCGAAGCAGUCAUUCCUAUUGAAAUAGGAGUCUUAAGCUUCAGAGUCACCCAUUUCGAUGAAGGGGACAGUUGCUUCGGAAGAAUCUUGAUCUGCUUGACGAAGUCAGAGAGGAAGCACGACUUCGAACUUUGAUCCCCUACUGCUACAUGCUGCGCCUGCGCCCCUGCUCCCUUCUCUGCGCCCAAUCCUGUGAUCCCCUUGCUCUGCGCCAACCGCUUGCUGCACCGAUCCUGCUCUGCGCCCCCUGCUGCAGAUCCCCUACUGCUUGCCUGCACUGAGCCUGCACUCUGCCCCAGCCUGCACUCUCCUGCGCCCGGCCUUGCUUCCUACACUAGCUUUGCUCUGCACCAGCUCCUGCGCUCUGCACCAGACCCCCUUGCCCUGCACCAUAUCGCCUGCACUCUGCUAUGCCUGUGCCCCUGCUACGCCCCUGCCUCCUGCACACUACAGCCAUACAGAAGAAAACAGCCGAUAGCAGACAAAAUUGGCAUCAUUGUUUACUUUGGUUGGAGUUUGGAGUUGAUUUUGGGGGGUUCUUGGUUGAUUCCGGAGAAAGGGGGGUUGUGUAACUGCACCAAACCGGAAGUCCUUCUUCAGUCCGUAUCUGCACUCUGGAUUAACCUGCAAAGCCCCGAGGCUGGGGGUAGGGGGGAGAGAGGGUGGUACCACUUCGGUCCUCGGUCGUCCAGCAAAGAGAAUAGGAAUUUAUUCUCUCCUGGGCCGUCAUCCAUCAAAGGGUGGAAAGAAAAUUUCUUCUUUGUGGAUGACACCGAGUGGAGUAGGAGGGAUGCCGAAGUGGAACAGUUGUCUGCUUGGAAAGCGAAGAAAACCAAGCAGAACAACUAUAAAUUAAAUGAGGAUGAGGCGGAAGAGGUGGAGAAGCUGGUGAGGGAGGACGGAGACGUGGUGGACAUCCUAUACCUCACCAGUGCGCAGGCAAUAGAGGCUGCUGAGCUCUAUGGGCCAAGCUCAUUGAGCGAAGCUGAAAUGGAGGAGUUUACCACUGCUGCUGGAGGCUUGCGCAUCCCUAAAAAGCCAAGGAAGAACAUCUCUGCCCAGGCUGUGGAGGUGCAACCAAGGCCGGAGGCUACAAUGGGGGGCAGUGAAGAGGUGAGUGAGGAGAUGGCACCUCUCCAGAAGAAGAGGAGGGUGGCAGAACUAGGAACUAGGGGGGACGAGGUGGUGGAGUUCGUGCCCCAGCCUUCUUCUCCAGAAAUUCAUCCUGAACACGGGGAGAGAGGAGAAGUCGGAGUGCGAGGCCUUGAUGGGGGCAGGGAGCGCACCUCUCCACACGUAUACCAGAGAAGUCUGUUUGAGGCAACAAACAGGACUGGGGCAAAGCACUUCCUCAAUGCCACCCUUCUUGAGGUAGAUAGGAUUCGUGCGAAGGACGAGGCGAUUAGCCAUGCAGGGUAUAUCGUUGUGAGGCAUGCCCUGGAGAGUGCGAGCUGGACAAACGCUCUAGCGCAAGAGUAUGCAGAGAGCGUUAGAGAUCGUGCCAGCUUGCAAAGGCAGUGCGACCAGCUUCAGAGGGAGAAAGAUGAGCUGCAGAAGGAGAAGGUGGAGUGGGAGAAGCAGAAGAGAGAGAUGCAGAGGAGGCUGGAUGAAGUUCUCCCUUCAGUGACCGAGCUGCAGCACGAGAAUGAUGUCCUGAGCACGAAGCUCGGCCUCGAAGAACGUAAAAGGAAGAACUGCGAGGAGAAGCUCGAGGCUCAGGACAAAUAUAUGGACAAGAUGAGGAAAGCAGCUGUGGAGCUGAAGAAGAACGUGAACAUGCUGGUUCACAAUGGGAUGGAGGAGCAUAUUGGCAACUUCCUCAACUCCAGCACCUUCAAAGACAUCCUCAAGCUCUACCGGCUGCCAACUGCAAUCGUGGCCUUCACCGACUGUAGAAAGAAAGUGAAGGCCCAGUACCCAGAGGUGGACGUGACAACAGUCACCUUUGGGGAACAAGAAGAAGGAGUGGAAGAAGAUGGGGAGAGCCUCUGUGCUGACUUCCUACCUCAGAUCACGCUGAAGUGGGAGCGUGAUGCAGAGGGGCGCACUAUUUUUCCUCCAGCCUUUGACGCUGAGUUGGUGGCCAUGGAGGGAGAAGAAGAAGAAGAAGAAGAAGCGUCAGGCGCCGGAGUUGGGGAUCAGGCAGCUCCAGCCGAAGUGCAGCCUCCUGAAGUGCAUCCAGUCUCGUCUGACGAAGUGCAGACGCUGGCCCCUGGUGAAGCAGAAGUGCCACCCCUCCCUGCUGGAGACGAGCCUAUAUCACCACCUCUUCUUGCUGAGGAGCAGCCUCCUCCACCAGCAGAGUAGUUUAGGUUUUUUAAAUUUUUAGUCAUAUUUGUAAAUAACAUUGUUGAGUUUAU